GAGAAUACAAAGGCAGAAGUGCAAGUGGUUGGUGUCAAACAGUGUCAUGAGAGAGAGCGAUGGAGGUGUGCAGGCAGGAAUGACAGCGGGGUCGUUUCAGUAGACAACGCAGACGGGCUGCUCGUGAGAGGGACGAGGAAGCGAUUUAGGUUGUUGAGGAGAAGCUGAUUGUUAAAAACCACGUGAAACUUUGGAUACUGACUGCAGCUGAAACAUGGGUGAGUCCAGUAUCUGCCAGGUGACAGCUUCAGUCAUGCUGUACGAUGACUCCAAUAAGCGCUGGGUGCCGGCUGGAUCGGAAAGUCCUUCCCUGAGUCAUGUCAACAUCUAUCACAACCCUGCUAACAACAUCUUCAGAGUGGUGGGCCGCAAACUACAGGCCGGCCAGCAGGUGGUGAUCAACUGUCCUAUAUUCAAAGGGAUGAAAUAUAAUCAGGCCACGCCAAGCUUCCACCAGUGGCGGGAUCCCAAACAGGUGUGGGGGCUGAACUUUGGCAGUAAAGAGGAAGCUGCUGUUUUUGCAGAAUCAAUGCUGUACGCCUUAAAGACUGUCAACGCCCCGGCAGGUGCAGGCCCAGCUCAUAAUGGACCCUCUGCACAGGAGCUGGAACAACAGAGAAGACAAGAGCUUCAAAGGCAGGAGCAGCAGGAGCGUCUGGAGAGAGAGAGGCAGGCAGCAGCUGCUGCGUCGGCCUCUGCUGCCCCUCCUGCCCCUCCUGCUCCUCCUGCCCCACCUGCUCCGCCGCCACCUCCAGGCCCACCACCAGCUUCAUCUGGAUCUUGCCCACCUGCACCUCCACCACCUCCUCCCGGCGGCAUGGUCCCACCCGCACCACCCCCGCCCCCUGCAGGAGGAGGAGGAGGAGGAGGAGGUGGAGGUGGAGGUGGAGGGGGAAAUGAUCUGGCUGCAGCUCUGGCAGGCGCCAAACUGCGUAAGACAGCCAAGGAUGACGGAGGAGCAGCCCCCAAACCAGCACCCUCAUCUGGUGGAGGUGGAGGAGGAGGAGGAGGAGGUGGUGGUCUAAUGGGAGAAAUGAGUGCCAUCCUUGCUAGGAGGAGGAAAGCUGCUGACAAGCCUGCUGCCAAAAAGGAAGAACCUUGCAAUGAUGAGUGUGACUCCCCUGUAUCGAAAUCCUCAGGACCAGGAGAAAUCAAUGAAAAACCCAAGGAAAAAUGUGCCACCAUGCCAAGGCUCAAAUCUGCAACCAGCAAUCAAAAGGACCCCACCCCGAGUCCCAGCUCCACUCGGAUGAAGUUGGUGAAAAAGAACUCGGAACAAGCAGGAAGUGAAAGUGAUAUGGAACAAAUCAAACAGGAAAUUCUUGAAGAAGUGAAAAAAGAACUUCACAAAGUGAAGGAGGAGAUUAUCACAGCACUGACCAAGGAGCUACACAGUGCACAACUCGGAGGUGGAGACUCCUGAAAGACUGAAGAAUGGAUCAGGAGAAUAAUGAAUGGAUGUGAGGGUUUUGUCAUCCAGUGCUCAGGCAAUUUCAUAUUUUCACCAGACAGAAAUGAAAUGUUAUUUUUACCUAGUAAAAAUAUGCAAUCCCAGUAUGUUCAUCUCUAUUUAUCAGUGUAUCUUCUGCAUAUUUUCCAAUGGUACCGCUGAAAGCCCGACUGAUGCUGGAUUGUUGAGGCUGAUACAGAUAUUGAAUUUUAAGAUUAAAUUUCUGAUAACAAUA